CCAAGCGGGGAAUCGAACCCAGAGUUGAAGUCCAGUGUUCAGACCACUUCACCUAAAAGCUCAGGUAACAAUCAACUUCGAAGUGAUGCCUAUUAUGACGUUCAUGCACUGAUGAUGAAAAAAAGAAGACUGUGGAAUUACUUUUUUCAACAAUCCUGGAGAAUGGAUGGAGAGCCCUUCACGUCCAACCUCUUCUCUUCUGGGGGUAUUCCCGCAGAAACUGGCAUUACCCUGGAACAGAAAACAACCUUUGUAUUUGUGAUUUUAUUAAUAAUUUUCCUUGGCAUUCUCAUUGUUCGAUGUUUCCGCAUCCUUCUAGACCCCUACAGGAGUAUGCCAACUUCCACUUGGGCUGAUGGACUUGAUGGGCUAGAAAAAGGCCAAUUUGAUUAUGCACUGGCUUAGAACCAAAGACUUUGUGACUCUAUUUGGAAGCCAUGCUGGCAUAUUAAAAUUAUCUUCAUGUACAAGUGAAUCAUGUACAAGCGAAACUAU